GAAGCUAUAAAAAAUACUAAGAUGUGUUUAUUGAGAGCUGCAAUGAAAUUUAGCAAUAAUAAACUGGUAUUUAUUAUUAGCAACAAACAGAAUACAAAGUACAGCAGCGCUCAUCGUUUAAAAGUAUUUAUUAUUGAAUUGUCAAACGCAAAUAUCAUUUGCAGUCUGGUUGACUGGUAUAAUCAAAGGAAAAUAAGAAGAAACAGUUGUCAAGAGAAAGUCGUUGAGAAUGAGGAAAUCAAACUCGAUUUUAUUAAAUAUAUCGCACUGAUCUCGCUGUUUUUCACCGCAAGUGUGAUGUUUAUUAUUUGUAAAUAA